GGGGAAAUGUCAAAAACAGCUGUAAUGAUUAGUGUAUUAUUUUGUUCAUUAAUUUAAAUAUGAACAAAUAAUAUUUGUAACUGCUUUUUUAGAGAAAAUGUUUACAAUUUUAUAUUUUAAACUACCUGUUUUAAAAUGACCGAAGGAAAUGAGUAUAUGAGUGAUUCAGAAUGUUCAGAAGACGAAAUAGAGCCGAAAUUAAAAUACGUGCGUCUUUCCAAUGACUUAGCUAGAAUUCUUUCAACUACUUCAGCAACAUGUAUUGCAGUACACACAAAAUUUAUUUGUUUGGGCUCACACUCGGGCAUAAUAUAUAUUUUAGACCAUCAAGGUAACAGCAUUAAAGGCAAAGAACUGAAAGCCCACUCUGUAAGCGUUAAUCAAAUAGCAAUUGAUCAGAACGGCGAAUAUAUUGGGACUUGUUCUGAUGAUGGCAGGGUGUAUGUUUAUGGACUGUUUUCACGAGAAAGCAACUAUAAUCUUAAUGUUGGUAGACUUGUAAAGACUGUUGCUUUAGAUCCCUAUUUCAGUAAAAAUCCAACUAAUAAAAGAUUUAUUACUGGUGAUGAUAGAUUAACUUUGUAUGAACGGACGUUUUUUGGAGGUCCCAAGCCAACAAUUUUGUGUGAAAGUGAGGGUUUAGUGAGAAGUUUAUGUUGGGGAGAGAAUUUUUUAGCAUGGUCUAGUAAUAUUGGUGUUCGAGUUUAUGAUAUGAAUGCAAGAUGUUCUCUAGGACUGAUUAAAUGGGAAGAACACCCAGGCAUUUCUAUUGAAAAAUUUCGUUGUAAUUUAAGAUGGGCUGAUAGUAGAACCCUGUUAAUUGGUUGGGUGGAUACUGUUAGAGUUUGUGUUAUAAGAAAAAGAAGUAAUAUUGAAUUAGCAAAUAGGGCAUUACCUGAAUAUCUGGUUGAUCCUGUGUCAACAUUUCAAACUGAAUUUUAUAUUAGUGGUAUAGCUCCGUUAGAUCACCAGUUAGUACUGUUAGGUAUUCCUAAAGAACUUGAUGAGAACAAUAAAAGCUUACGUCCACAAUUAUAUAUAGUAGAAUACAAAGACAAUGAUUACACAGAUAAUUGUACUGAUAGUUUAUCUUUAAGGGGGUAUGAAGAAUACUCUGUAAAUGAUUACCAUUUGGACGUGUUGAUAGAAGAAAAUGUAUUUUUUAUUGUUGCCCCAAAAGAUGUAGUUAUUGCAAGUCCGUAUGACUUAGAUGACAGAAUACAAUGGUUUAUUCAACAUAAUAAAUUUGAUGAAGCUAUGGAGAUUAUCAUGCACAAUGAUGGCAGAAAUAUACAUAGGCACACCAUUCAGUCUGUUGGCACAGACUACUUGGAUCACUUGCUUAGCAGAGGGAUGUAUGACACUGCUGGCCAGUUAGGUUUAAAGAUUUUUGGAAGGAAUCCUUCCCUGUGGGAAGAUCAAAUUUAUAAGUUCGCCAGUGUACAUCAACUAAGAUCGGUGAGUCCAUACAUUCCAAAAACAUUAGACUCAAAAUUAAAUCCGCACAUAUAUGAGAUGAUUCUUUAUGAAUAUCUUAAGCUAGAUGGGGAGGGUUUUCUGCAGCUCCUUAAAGAAUGGCACCACAAUCUUUAUAAUGUGUGUGCAGUAAUAAAUGCCGUUUUAGAACAUUUGCUUAAUUGUGAUUCUAACAAAACUGUGUAUUUGGAAGCCUUAGCCAUUUUGUAUAGUUAUGAGAAAAAGUAUGAUAAAAGUUUAUCCAUGUAUCUUAAAUUAAAACACAAAGAUGUUUUUACGUUAAUACAAAAACAUAAAUUAUUUGGUGUUAUUCAAGAUAUGCUCAUCGAACUAAUGGAUUUAGAUGAUAAGAAAACUAUAGCCUUAUUAUUGGAGAAAGACAGCAUUCCAGUGGAGAAAAUUGUGGAGAAAUUGAAGGAAAACAAACUGCAUCUGUACAAGUAUCUUGAUGAAUAUGAUAAAAAGAAUCCUCAAGGCAAAUACCAUGAAGAACUUGUCAGAUUAUACGCUAUUUUUGAUAGACAGAAGUUGUUACCAUUUUUGAAGAAAUCUGAUCAUUACCUAAUAGAUGACGUACUGGAUAUUUGCAAGAAAGAAAAAUACUAUCCAGAGAUGGUUUACCUUUUAGAUCGCCGUGGCAAUCUAAAAGAGGCACUGGAUUUGAUCAUGAACCAACUGAAAGAUAUGCAAUACGCCAUUUCUUUUUGUAGAGAGCAUGAUGAUCAAGAUCUUUGGAAUGAUUUGAUCAAUUACUGUAUAAACAAACCAGAAUAUAUCACAUUCCUAUUACAGAGCAUUGGAAGUUAUAUAGAUCCUACUGCUCUUAUUUUGAAAAUAAAGAAAGACAUGGUUAUUCCCGGUUUAAAGAAUUCUCUUAUUAAAAUGCUGAAUCAGCAUAAUUUACAGGUGUCUGUCCAAGAAGGUUGUAAAAAAAUUCUGGUCUCAGAUUAUUUCAAUCUGCAACAAAAACUGGUGAAUGUACAUCAGAAAGGAACUUCAGUGAGUGAAGAAAUUGUUUGUGGUGCAUGUCAUUAUAAACUGAUUGGGAAAGUGGCUUCUACGACUAGUAACUUAAUUAUAUUCAAUUGCAAACACGCCUUUCAUACACUGUGUAUCAAUGAUAAUACGACGAGAUGCGCCGUUUGUUAUCCUCCAAAUAAAAUUAACUGAAGCUCAUUUACAAAGGUGUGAAGUUGUUGAUCGACCCAAGUCACCAACCUGGAUCCGGCGUUGCAACCGUCUACGUCAAACUGGCUUGACAUAUGGAUGACGAACUUUCGCAACACUGUCUGUUUUUCUUCCUCGAGAAAAGACUCGUAUUUUUGCAAACGCUCUUCUCCGCUUUCUAGUGAUUGUUCGGACGUUUUUUCGUGAGCCUGCGGCAUUAGUCCUUUAUACGCAAAAAUAUAUAUUUUAAGCAAUUGUUUAUAUUGUUUAAAUAUGUUAUUUUUUUUAACUGUAGUAGUGAAAUUGCUUAUUCACAGUACCUAACUGUAUAUGUUGUGGCGGUUUACUUUGAAGUGUCUAAUAUCUUGUCUCUCUUUCUAAUGUACGUAGAGAGAGAAAGAUAUGGACCCGGCGGGGAGGACGUGUAUGCGCAGAAAGUGAGACGCAAAAGCUUUCGAAAAUAUGCAACAUAUACCGUUGUGUUGUGUAUAAACUGUGGUAGUGACUAAGAAAACAACUCAAAUAAUAACAAGUA